ACUGACUGUCAGCAAGAGGUUUGCGAAGCAGCUAACCACGAGAGCUUCAACAGGGACGCUGCUAGCGAUUGGGAGUGCGCCACCAGAACGUGCUGGUAAGUCACGUCUUGCGCUUCAUGCAAUAGCAUAGACUACGAGCUGCUGGAUACUGGCGCAGCAGGCGAGGCCGCCGCACACAGCCGAUAUCAUCGGAGAGAGACAGCUGGGAGAGCAUGGUCAGGCGGAGAAGGGCGACAUGCGCCGUGGUCGGGAUGCUAGCGUCCACGUCUGUGGUGGCGACUGGACCGCCGUCGGCAUGGACUGGGUAUCCGCAGCAACCGCGAGCCUCGCCACAAGAGAGCGACGGAGCACGGGACGCGUCAGCGGCGGCAGCGAGAGGUUGGGCCCGAAGCCAAUCCUCCCGGUUACGAGAGGGGUCUCCGCGGAUGGAGGCCAGGAAGGAGUCCCCCACCUCCUCGCAGCCACGAAGCAGCUCUAGCAGCAGCGGCGGCGUUGGAUUUGUUAACAAUAGCGGCGGAGGUGGGGGUGUUGAUGUCGCGCCGAGGACAAAGGAACAAGGGGACGGCGGCGGCGGGGCAAUAGCAGCAGAGGAGGAUAGAAGCAGUAGUGACCGAGGCGGUGGGAAGGAGGAGAGGGACGAAGACGGGCGGUUGCAGCGGUCGCCGUCUUCGGAAGAGGAGGCGUUUUUGUUGGAGGAGGGGGAGGCGGGGGGGGCGCCGUCGAUGCACGUGGUGAAGCGGGACGGUCGCCGCGAGCCUGUCAUGUUCGACAAGAUUACGGCUCGCAUCCGGCGGCUGUGCUGGGGGCUUGACGAGCGCUACAUCGACCCGGUCCUCGUGGCGCAGAAGGUGGUGCAGGGCAUCUACAGCGGCGUGACGACGUGGGAACUCGACACCCUCGCCGCCGAGACCUGCGCCUACAUGAACACGGAGCACCCGCACUACGCCCGGCUGGCGGCGAGGAUCUCGGUAUCAAACCUGCAGCGCGCUACGAGCCCGUCCUUCGCCGAUACGGUGGAGGAGCUGUACGCCUACGUCGACCCGAAGACGGGCCGACAGGCGGGGUACAUCAGCGACGAGGUACACGAAAUCGUGAUGAAGAAUCGCGAAGUGAUCGACGCAGAGGUGAAGCACGAGCGAGACUUCUCGUUCGACUUUUUUGGCUUUAAGACCCUGGAGCGAGCGUACUUGCUCAAGCUCGGGGACAAGGUUAUGGAGCGGCCGCAGUACAUGUUCAUGCGAAUCGCUAUCGGUAUCCACGGCGAGGACCUGGAGGCGGCGUUCGAGACGUACCACCUGAUGUCGGAGAAGUGGUUCAUCCACGCCUCGCCCACCCUGUUCCACGCCGGCACGUGCCAGCCGCAGCUGUCGAGCUGCUUCUUGCUCACCACGAAGGAAGACAGCAUCGCCGGGAUAUACGACACCCUCAAGCAGUGCGCGUGCAUCAGCAAGAGCGCGGGGGGCAUCGGUCUGAGCGUGCACGCCAUCCGUGCGAAGGGGAGCUACAUCCGCGGCACGAAGGGGAUCUCGAACGGCCUGGUGCCGAUGCUGAGGGUCUUCGACGCAACGGCAAGGUACGUUGAUCAAGGAGGGGGAAAGCGGCCGGGGGCGUUCGCGGUGUACAUAGAGCCUUGGCACGCCGACGUUUUCGAGGUGCUGGAGCUGAAGAAGAAUCACGGAAAGGACGAGCUCAGGGCAAGGGAUUUGUUCUACGGCCUCUGGAUACCAGACCUGUUCAUGGAGAGGGUGGAGCAAGACGGGGAGUGGAGCCUCAUGUGCCCGUCCCAGUGUCCGGGGCUAUCGGAGUGCUGGGGGAAGGAGUUCGAGGAGCUAUACACUAAGUACGAAAGGGAGGGCAAGUACAUGCGAAAAGUGCGGGCGCAGGACCUGUGGUUCGCCAUUUUGGACGCCCAGACGGAGACUGGAAACCCCUACAUGAUGUACAAGGAUGCCUGCAACCGCAAGAGCAACCACAAGCACCUGGGCACCAUCCAGUCCUCCAACCUGUGCACGGAGAUCGUGGAGUACACGGACCCCGGCGAGGUGGCGGUCUGCAACCUCGGCAGCGUUGUACUGCCCAAGUUCGUCUCGCAGGACGGGAAGUCGUUCGAUCACCAGCGUCUCUUCGAGGUCACAAAGGUUCUCGUCCGGAACCUCAACAAAAUCAUCGACGUCAACUGGUACCCGGUAGAGGAGGCUCAGCGCAGCAACGCCAGACACCGCCCCAUGGGGAUCGGGGUGCAGGGGUUGGCGGACGCCUUCAUCAAGAUGCGUAUGCCGUUUGAGAGCGAGGGAGCGAGGGCCCUAAACCGCGACAUCUUCGAGACGAUGUAUUUCGCCGCUAUGACGGCGUCGUGCGAGCUUGCGGAGAAGGAAGGGCCGUACGAAACGUUCGAGGGCAGCCCGGUCUCCAAGGGAAUUUUCCAGUUCGACAUGUGGGGAGAGACCCCAUCCGACAGGUGGGACUGGACUAGCUUGCGGACACGCGUGGUUAAGCACGGCGUGAGGAAUUCGCUGCUCCUCGCACCGAUGCCCACGGCAUCGACGGCACAGAUCCUAGGGUUUAACGAGUGCAUCGAGCCGUACACAAGUAACCUCUACGCGCGCCGGGUCAAGGCCGGCGAGUUUAUCGUGGUCAACCCGCACCUCUUCACCGACCUGAUGGAGAUGGGUCUAUGGAGCCCCUCUGUGAGGAAUCAGUUGAUGGCGAGCGGGGGCAGCAUCGCCUCCAUCGCGGGGAUACCUCAGGAGAUGAAGGACAUAUACAAGACGGUGUGGGAGAUCAAGAUGAAGUCGGUGAUCGACCUUGCCGCUGAUCGAGGAGCGUUCGUCGACCAAAGCCAGAGCAUGAACCUGUUUGUGGAGGCACCGGACUACGGGCGGCUAACCUCCAUGCACUUCUACGCGUGGAAGAAGGGUCUCAAGACCGGCAUGUACUACCUGCGCACUCGCCCCGCGGCCGACGCCAUCCCCUUCACAAUAGAUCCCGCCUCGGGCGUGUCGCAGAAGAGAAUGAACACCGAGGGGGGCCCCGCGACUGAGAUUGCGUCGUCGCUGCUUCUCAAAGAGCGAGAGAUAUACGGGGAGGUUUGCAUAUCGUGUCAGGGAUAGCUAGGGGGGGGGGGUCGAAAGCACGUGUGUUGCGUGUGUUGACUGUUUGGGGAAUCUCUCCAUGGGGGGGGGGCUGAGCGCUCUUUUUUCGGUGCGAGAGAACACAGUUGUAUGCCGCAGCAGUCGUGGCUCCGGUAUAAGAGGGUACCUUAUCGGAGAGUGCUCCGAUGUGAAAGGGUAGAAAUCGGUUGUCAUGGAAUCGACCCGAUGGUCGGGUACCCUACUUGACCGGUACAUAUAGGGGGCUCCGAUACAACGGGGUCACGGGUCUUUUUUCACACCACCCUCAUACAACGGAGCCAAGACUGUACCGGGAAUCGUUUUUUGGGGCGUAUUUGUGGAAAUGUAAUAUAGUUGGAAUGGCCGUUUCCGAAGAUGGUUGUGGAUCCCUUGUUGCCUGGUUAGUCUCCUUUUGUGUUGCGUUGUUCGGUGGUUGUGUUUGGUGUUUGGCUUGCUUCCUUGCUUGGGCGAACUCGACAGCUGUCUGCCGGCAGCGGUGAACGAAUACAGCAAGAUGCUUGCCCUUGUGCUGGCUGGGGCAAGCAAUAGCAGCGAUUCUCAAGUAUUGUGACAGGAAUAACACUGAGCCAGCUGGCCAUUCAACGCUGAUUAGCUCUCAGCCGUUCCGGUGUUCCGAGACGCGUACCGUCAAGCGUAGGACAAAGUCACAUC